UAGAUGAUAUGGUGACUGAUGUAUGGAGAGCUCAGGCACACCUUGAGGCAAACAUGCACACAUUGGUGGAAGACACUUUCCAGCCUUUGGAUGUCAGCUACAAGGAUUUCCAGAGUGAUAUGGCCAAGAUAAGAGUGGAGCUUGGAAACAUAUUAACCAUGCUUGAGAAGGAAGUAACGCCACCAAUAUCGACCGACAGAGUACCUGUACCAUCGAUCGACAUCGGCAAGACUACAUCCAAGGACAGACCAGAAUGUUCAUCACCUAAGCGAGAUGAAUGGGAGAUUGUUUAUAUCAAUACACGGAUUGGAGACGUCUACAACCCUCUCAACAACAACGUCGAUUGGUUAAGCAAGGGGAUCGAUCUUCUACAGAAAGAGCUAGCAUCAAUUCGCAAGAAGGUCAAGCUAAGAAUGCUACUUUUCCAUCGAUCGACACACAUUCUUCACCGUCGAUCGACACAAGGUUCGCAGCACUGGAAGAUAAGAUGAAAGCAUACGAGACGAAGCAUGAAAAUUUCAGUUCACCUAUCCUGCGACACCAGGACACACUGUCACAACAGCUGAACGAGCUACAACAAGACAUGAGCAUAGUUCAAGAUCAUAUUGGUCUUCGUGCAGAAACGCAACAUCAAUCGACAGGCCUAGACCAAUAUCGAUCGACAUCGAGCCACCACCAGCAAAGAGAGCAUGCACUACAACAGAAGUUGAAGAAAUCAAACAUGAGCUGUACGAGGCUAUGGAUGCUAUGGAGAGGAGACUCAACGGGACCUGCGAUACCAUUGACGACACUGUUAACGAACGAGUAAACAGCCUAUGCAGAACUACUCGCCAAAUGAAGGGCGAUAUACGUGCUCUGCAAUAUCAAGAACAGCGCUCACCAUCGAUCGACACAGUUGAUACUGAGUCGACCGACAGAACUCUCAGCGAAACGACCGACGCGCACCUAGUAGCAUCGAUCGACACCGAAUCUUUGGCAGACCGAGAUCAGUUAAUUCAUGACAAGAUCGAUGCAUUACAGAAUGAGCUGAGGGAGUUAUCAGCAUACACCUACCAGACCAUCGACAGGAAGGUUGGCAACAUCGACUACAUUGAGAAUUCUGUGAGGAAAGUUCAGGAUACAGUCCUCAAGGUAGAUACAAAACAUCUGAGAUCAGAUGAUGCCACAAGAAGCUUCGUUGCCACAUGGUUCAACAGUAGAAGACAUGAGAUUGAUGAUUGAUGUCCGGUAAUCAGCAGUUUCUGCACCCCUUGAGUCACACACCUACCACAGUCAAGCUAAAUGACUAUAACAAAGCGCUGAGUGGGAGGCAACCCACUAUUAGGUUUUCUUUAUUUUUCCUUUAUUUUAUUAUUUUUCAUUUUUGCUUUUAUUUUUCGGAUUUAUUUUGCAGUUUUUUUUUUAAGAUCCGAGUAGAAUGAUGAUUCCGUCGACCGACAUUUACCAUUCAUAUCGCUCGACACCACACGACCAUCACUAACGAUCGACGUACACCACUACGAAUUGAUCGACACCUUGUCGAUCAGGUUUAAUCAUUCUAACUUGUUAUAUUUAUUAAUUAUGAUUUAUUUUCUUUACCUCCUUACCGGCUGUGUUACACUGGGACAGUGUAAUUUAAGUCGGGGGGGGGGGGGAGAGUUUACUAAUGCGUGUUUUUAUUUUGGGUUUUAGUCAAAUUGUUUUUCAAAAUUAUUUUUCGCAUAAGUAUUAAAUAGGAACAUUGAUAUAGAUUCGUAUUUGAUAAUCUGACCACUCUUUUGCACCAUUCUAGAUUACUGAUUGCAGAUAAUACUAAACAUGCUAAAGUGGAUCAACCUGUCAUCUAUAUUCACUAGCUAAGAUUGUUUGAAGGAACCAAAUCUGACCUCCAACACUAAUACUGACUUAUUUGCUUGUCUUGGGGCUUGGAAAUCACUGGAUCGGAAUCCUCUUACAAGUCUGGAAGGUAAAAAGUCUGUGUGUUUCUGGUUCCCUUCCUUCUCUCUCUUCAGCGUCUCAAGAUCUAAGUUUAUGUUAUAAAAGAUUGAAAUGAUUUCUUGAGAGGCAGAGGGGUAGGAGUGUCUCCUGCGACCCCAGUAUUCUAAAUCUCAAGGAUGAUCACUCAUUGUGGAAACGAGGAAUAGGUAAAUUACCAAAGACCCCAUUAUUCGCUACACUUUGUCAAAAAUGUAUGAGUUACAAUGCAAAUGUCAAUGAGAUGGACUAGAUGACCUAUGUGGCAUCGAAACCUGUUGAAAUGGAAACUAAUAAGAGAUUAAGAGAAGAGAGAUGAGGGGAGAAAGGAAUCAGAGAAGACUACCUGUGUGUUCAGAUACUUGUUUGAGGUUAAUCCAUGUGUCCUUUGAUCGAUACUCCCAAGGUAAAGCCUGCACUUUUAUUUUAUGUUAAAAAUGAGGUUAGUAGAGGAGAAUGUCAGAUGAGAUUUGCUAAGUUGUUGACUAGAUGAGGUUGGUUGCUAAGCUAGGAUAAGGCAUAAUGAACUUCUGUGAUUAGGAUGUUUAGACAUGAAUUGCAAACCCAUAGAGUGAUGACUUCAAUAUUUUGAAUCUUUGAGUUCCUGCUGUUUUCAAACAUUUUUCAAAGACUAAUGUUUUUGCUUGAGGACAAGCAAAGGAGUAAGUCUGGGGGAGUUGAUAUACCAUGGAUUUUACCUGUUUUUAACCAUGGUAUACUAGUAUUUUAUUAUAUAUUUAAUAUGUUUUCUAGCCUGUUAGGUAUGUUUUCAGGUUCAGGAGCAUUUCGUGAGAAAGUGAUGUUUUUGGAGCAUUUUGGAGUGCAAGAGAUGAUACACCCGAGUUGACCAUUCAAGACCAAGUCGGAAGUCAACAUUGCGAUUAUAAUCGAUCAAUACUCGUCCUGAGUUGUCGAUCGAUGUAGCUGAGAAGAUCCACGUAAUAGAAGAUUAUAAUCGAUCGAUACACAUCCUGUGUUGUCGAUCGAUAUCGAGGACGAAAUGGUUUAGCCGACUACUUCACCAAGACUUCACCAAAUUACAAGAUUGCCCCUGACAAGUUUUUAGCCUAAUGGAAAUGCUUAAAUAUUCCUGCUAAGUGUUUUUGACGGCAAGAUUUGAACAACUUAGAGAAAAGCAAGUCUUGAGAGGCAAAGCAGAGAGUGUGAGAGAGAGACUAGAGUUUUAUUUGUUUUGAGAGAUUGGAGAGAUUUCUCAUCUCCUUUUGUAUUUCUACUUAUUUCUAUCUAUGCAAUUCUUUCAUCUAUCCAUUGUCAUGAAUUGCUUAGCUAUGUCUGAGUAGUCUACUUGUUAGAUCUAGGGUUUAAAAGGUUUGUGGGAUUAGCCCCAAACUAUAAUUGCUAAGUUGUGGUACUCAUCAAAUGGAUUGCACCCUAUGCUUGUUCUAGAUUAGCUAACUAGAAUAUAGAUCACUAGGAUCUUUGAUUAUCUUGACUUAUCCAUUUGAGCUAGCUUGUCUCCUGUUGAGAAGAGCGACAGCCCUCCUUGAGACCUAGUGCUCAUUAUCGGCUCGCGCCUAGGCAUCUCUAGAAGCCGUCGAUCGAUAUCCCGACAGGUGAAUCGAUCGCCGAGCGAAAGGUGUAUCGAUCGAUAUCUCAAAAGGAUGUCGAUCGACUCUUUUUCUGUGUCAACAUACGACAGUUGAGGCCCGAGAUCUAGAUUAUUUAACCAGUGAUACAUCACUAAAAUUAAGCUGCUGAGAUCUAUAGUAUCAUGCAAGCAACUUGUUAAAGCAUUUAUAGAAAUUAUAAUCUCCAUUCCUGAAUAAAAGCCCUAUGUCUAGCACUCUUUAUCACAUUUAAACAACCCAUCAUAUUGUUAGUUAGAGCAACUACCUUACUCAUUUUAGGAAUUUUUAUUUUUAUUUCCAUCAUAUAAACCAACUUCACCUAGGAUUGAUUAGUAGAUUUUAUUUAAUUGGUUCCCUAGCUCCUCGUGAUUCGAUCCCUAAGUACUACAGCUGUACCUCUUAUUUGAGAGAGUAAGCUCUACUGGGUAACUUGAGCACUAUCAAUUGGUCAAGAAAAUCAGAAGUUAUGAGUAAUUUCCCAGAACCGGCCAAACCGACGCUAUCUAUGGAAAGUUGCCAACCAAUUCAAUUCGGUUCGACCCAGAGCUAUUUAUGGAGACUAGGAGAUCAUGUUAGCCAAUCAGAAGACGUUCCAGGAGUUCUUAUAUGCACCAGAAGCCAGAGGAUCAGGCGGAUCCUUGAAGAAGUUAUCAAACCUACCCAGAACCAUUUUUGGAAAGAUUGGACAAUCUUUCGGUUUGAUCAUUUCCAACCAACACUACAAGAAAUAUGGGUAUUGGUAGCAGUUCACGGUAGCACGAAUUCACGAAGUGCUACUAAAAGUUUGAAAAUCCGAAACAAGACCUUUUAGUAGCGUUAAUUAAGCGCUGGCAAAAAAUUUCAUUAACCCGGGAAAUAAAAUGAAUAAAAAAUACAUUGAUUUCGGUUAAGUGUCGGUAUAGAAAGUAAUUUGGGCAAAGGACUUGGUUAUUUUUUUUUACCUUUUCUUCGUCUCCUUCACUCCGAAACCAUCGACGACACAUGCAAAAGUUCAAAGACUCAAUCUCUCCGAUAUUUCACGAAGAUAUUCCUGCCUGUGGUGUUCUCGUCACCGGCGGUCAGAUUCCAGCUUUGAGGCGACGAAGAUUUGGAGGAGACAAGUCAGGUUUGAGCUUUUGAUUGUUCCUUUCUGCAGUGAAGUCGAGUUGAAGACAGAAACAGAUCUUAUUGAGGAGUUCAGGUUGUAGAAGAUCGGAUACGUAGGCCGCCGGAGUAGAUUUGCAGUGCAUUGUGCUACGGUUGUUGUACUGGUGUGGUAGGGUGGAUAUUUGGAGUUAUGGAGGGUUCCGACGUUGUGCAUAGCCCGAUACUGGCCGAUCUUUUUCCAUCACAGGAGUGUGAUCCUAUUUUGCCUGAUACAGAUCCGACACCCAUUGUUAUAUCCGAUGAUGAUACUGAUCCUGAUGCUAUGGUGGAUCCGGCACCUGUUAUUGUUCUUUCUGAUGAUGACACCGAGCCUGAGGAUGUUGUCAUGGAGGUUUCUGAAGUAGGGCCAUCGAGUCCAAUCACCAUUUCGUCUACCGGCACUACCGGAGAGACACCUAGCUAUGAUCCUGCUGAGGAUCAUGGUCCUUUACCACCGACGCCAGUAGGGAUGCCAUCUGGGUCCCCACCUUUGGAGGCGUUCGAGCUGCCCAUCCCACCUGCAUUACUGGGAUUUCCCGACUACUCUGCUUUCCUUCAGCUAGAGGACGCAUUAUGGAGGUACUUCUGUCUGCCCACAUUGGCUAUUGAGGGUAGAGAUGACGAUAGAAACAACGAGUUAGUGCGGACUUACCUCGACAUGAUGGAUAUUGUGAUGACUUCUUUUCCUAUCACAUCCGAGACCGGAGGGCCGCCCAGCAUUCCACCUAUGGAGACAGCCACGGUUCAGCCACCACAUUUUCACACUACGUAUGAGACUGGAGGACCGUCCACCUGUGUACCUAUGGAGACAGCCGCGACUGAGUUACCACCUUAUCAGACUAUCUAUGAGACCGGAGGGCCAUCUCGCCUUCCAGCUAUCGAUACACCCUAUGUUUUUGGAGGAUCUACUUCUCUUGGAGAUCCUUACGCUCCUCAGUCCUAUCAUCACGAACAAGGUAGCGAUGUUCUUUUUGGUGCCGGAGAUAGAUAUGUGGAUCCUCACGGAUACCCAUAUCAUACUACUACCCAUCUUAGUGGAUCGGAUCUGUACCCGACUUGCCUUGCUUGCGGAGUUGCCGGACACUUGACUGCUGAUUGCCGGAGGUACUACGAGCUAUCCGGGAUACCCUACCUACCGAGUGCACAACCAGCCGGGGAAUCGUCGGAGUGGACUUACUGUCCCAACUGCGAUAUGUUACUCUAUAUAUGGCGUUCUUAGACGCCUAGGGCCUGGUAAGUAGGGUACUGACUUUUUGUUGUGAUAUAGCGGUGUACAGACUUUUGUAGUGUGUUGUGACAGCCGAUGUCCCUUUUGUUGUAUGAUAUACCAUCGGUAGCGAUAAAAGAUGUUUUUCUGUCAAGUAUGUAUGUAUUUGAUGGGAUGAUAUGUUU